AUGCCUGAGUAUUGGAGUGAGGUAUUGGAGAAAAAGAACUCGCUUUUUAUGGAUGCAUAUGGUGCAAUAUCAAAGGUUUUGUAUCCAAGUUUCGAGUACUUGGCUCAGGUGUUGAGGCCGUGUUUUCUCUAUAUGGGAGUUUUUCCUCAAAAUUAUGAGAUAUUGAAAUCAAAGGUGGUGAUAAUGUGGGCGGCUGAGGGAUUUCCUGAGCCGUUGGGAUGGCAAACUGAAAAUGAAUAUAGCGAGCAAUGUUUGAGAGCUCUCAGUUACAAUAAUCUUGUUUUGCUUCAUAAAGAAAGCACAAUUUGGAACAUUAAAUCCUCUGGGGUGAAAUCUUGCUUGGUUCAUACUUCUGUGUGGCAUUUUUGCAAAACAGAAGCUAAGAAAAACAAGUUCUUCCAUAUGUUACAUAAGUGUGAUGAUGAUCUUGAAGAGGGUAUAGAAGGCCAACGGCGACUGACCAUCCAUAACAACAUUUUAUUUGCCAUCAAAGAUGUUCGUAACUUGAUUGAGGAUAGCUGUGCAUCAACCACUCGUUCUCUAUUAUGUUUUGGUCCAUAUUGUCGUUAUCAAGUUCCCAUUUUUUUUGGUUUGAGGUUAUUGAGGAUGGUGGAUGCUCUUACAAUCCGAUUUUAUGAGUUCCCGAUUGAAGUAGUGAAACUGGUUCAAUUGAGGUACCUCGCCCUCACUUGUGAUGGGGAUCUCCCUUCUUCCAUAUACAAACUUUGGAACCUUCAGUUCUUGAUUAUAUCCCGACAUCUUAGCAUCAAGCCUUUUGAGGCUCCAUCGUUCAUUCCUAAGGAGAUAUGGGAUAUGAAGGAACUGAAGCAUCUUCAGGUUGUGGGAAGCGAUCUACGAGAUCCUUGUGGCACUUCCUUACCAAACCUCACAACACUUUUAGAUGUGAGCACUCUUAGUUGCACAAAGGCGAUUUUUGAAGCCAUUCCUAAUCUAAGGAAGUUAGGAAUUCAAAUUGAGUCGGAGCCUGAUGCUGCUGAGGCAUUGAGUUUCCUUGAUCAAAUUUCUAAUCUCAAAAAACUGCAGAUACUCAAAUGUGUAGUCGUGAAUCCUGACCUCAUGACCGAAACACUUCUCCAUCCGCAUCCUCUUCCAACAUCGUUGACAGUUCUUAAGAAGCUGCAUUUGAGUGGGUUGGGAUAUUCUUGGGAAGAUAUGAGUGUGAUUGGAUCAUUGCCGAAUCUUGAAGUACUCAAAUUGCGAUGCUAUGCCUUUCAAGGUCGGACAUGGAUAGUUGAAGAGAAAAGAUUUGCAAAACUUGGGUAUCUUGUGAUUGAAGACACUGAUUUGGUGAAGUGGGAAGUGAGAGAGGGAGGCUGCCCAAACCUCUACUAUUUGAGCAUAAAACAUUGCCAUUUGUUGGAAGAGAUUCAUGGCAGAUUUGGUCAUAAUUGA